GUUACUACCGUGAUGUAUGACAUGUCGGAGAUCGAUACAAGGGAAGGACAAUCCAUACUGGAGUUGAUUGCAUCAUCAAAAAAAAGCCAGGCUAACAAAAUAUUAAACAUCUCCCCUAUAAAAGAGCUGUUACAGAAGAAGUGGCAGAGAACCGGGCGCCCAUAUAUAUGGAUCUUAGCCAUAAUUUAUCUGACAUAUAUGAUCUGUGUGUCCCUCUGCUUCGCCAACCGACCUAUCAAACCACGAGAAGACACAACACCGAUCCAAUGGACAUCACCCUGUUUGUCCAGAAAACCCUACAGG